UAUAUAAGCAAGCAUGAAACAAUGCCUGUAAUAUUUCCUUCUUCGAGAAGGACACACCUCUUCCAUCCAAAACACCUGACUAUGAUCUCAGGUCCUCUCAGGUUCAGGUCACUUUGGAUCUCAAGAGCACGAGAAAGCAGAUCAUGUCCAGAGUCGAAGCUUUAAAGGACACAAACCUUCGCUCCCUGCUGAGGGAGUUGCGGACAGAUAUUGCUAUGGCUGUAGAUGACCCAUUCCCUCUCGUCUACGGUCUGGCAGACAAAAACAUCAUCACAGACCAACUACUGAAGGAUACUUUGGAGAAGGAGGACAGAGAAGGGAUCCACAAGGCCCUGUAUUCUCUCCUGUCCUGGAUCCUGGAGCAGAGCAGAUCCACUGUCCAGGCUUUCUGGAGCAACUUGUCCAAAGACUACAACCUGGACAGCUACCCCAAGCUGCAGACACUGCUCACUAACCUACACUCAAGUAUACAAAGAUCAAGACGGGAUGCUGCAGGUUCUAGAGGUGAAAAGAAAUCCUCUGGAGGCCAUAAAACACCUCACAUGAAGAAGAGGAGCCAUGAAGACAGAGAGCCAAACUCACACAAUCAGCAGCCGCAGUAUCAUGCCAAGACAAGGGGUAAAGUGAAGCUUUACAGAGUGAAGAGUGAAGCUCCAGCUCCACAGCCAACAUCUGGAAAUGGUGUUCAGGCGGUGUCCUCCUCAGUCCACAGACCAGUCACCCUGUCUUCCUCCUCUUCUGCCUCCACAACUGAGCCGGCAGUCAGCCAUGAAGCCAGAGAGGUGAUCCACAUCAAGCAGGUGUUUGGCUCAGAUGAUAAGACAGUGGGAGCUGCCAGAAAGUGCAUAAAAGUUGGAGGGGAGUUUUACUCCUGUGGUCAAUCAGAGGAGAUAAACGGAGCUGCUGAGACUACAUUUCACCACAAGAGGGAGACAAACACAGCCAUGGUUCAGUAUAAUGAUGACGAGUGUGCAGUUUGUAAAGAUGGAGGGGAGCUGAUCUGUUGUGAUGGCUGCCCUCAAGCUUUUCAUCUGACCUGCCUGGACCCUCCACUCACAUCCAUCCCCAGUGGUCCCUGGCAGUGUGAGUGGUGCCGUGGCAACAGAGUGAAAACAGAGACAGCCCAACUACCUUUACAACCGCUCAUUGCACAGCCACAGCAAACAAAUGUGAGCUCCAGUAACUCCAUCACAGACGUCUCCUUCUUCUCCCCGCUGUCAUCCUCGACUCUCACCGGCGUCACAGCUUCAAUGAAUGGGUCCAGUGGCAGAAACCAGUGCUCAGGUGGAGAGCUGGUCAGUUCGAGGGAAGUGUGUGGUGUUUGUCACCUAGCAGGAGGAGAUCUGACCCGCUGCCUCCAGUGUUUGGGGCAUUUCCACGCACAUUGCCACUUCUCCAAAGGGAGAUCAAUCUGCUCGUCCUGCUUGAGGCCCUGGGGCAGCUCAGCAGAGAAGGAGGCUGAAUCCAGAGGCUUACAGCUCGCCCCAGUGGUUCAAAAUACACUCAGUCAUGAUCAAAGCUCCUCCAUCCCUGAGCAUGUCCUACAUAAAGAUGAGCUGGACUCCAUCCUGGGAGACGGCUCCAUUGACGGCAUCUUGCAGUGGGCUUUCCAUAACAUCACUCGGCCUCUUCCAGACUCUCAAGGAUGCUAUCAGUGA